AUGAGGAAAGUGCCGCGGAGAUCCUGUGCCUUUGGUCUCGAGCCCCUUAAUGCGGCGCCCGUCCUGCAGGUCACCGCCCCGACACGCCUGUCCGCAUCCCCCGUCUGGUCCCCCGUCGCGAUGGCCUCCACCGUGACGAGCACGUUCUUCGGGGCUGGCAUCAAGCCGGCAGCCGGCCAGGGCAAGGGAACGCGGCAGGUGACGCGAGCUGCCGUUGAUGAGUGGUACGGCCCCAAGAGGAACCUGUGGCUGGGGCCCCUCACCCAGGCCGUGCCCCCCUACCUCAAGGGCGAGUUCCCUGGGGACUAUGGCUGGGACUCUGCCGGCCUCUCCGCUGACCCAGAGACCUUCAGGAGAUAUCGUGAGGCGGAACUCAUCCACGCCCGCUGGGCGAUGGUGGGAACUGUGGGGUGCCUCAUCCCUGAGCUUUGUGCCAAGUAUUUGGGGACAGACCUGGCCGAGCCCGUCUGGUGGAAGGCAGGAUCUUCGAUCUACCGCGAGGGUGGCCUUAACUACCUGGGCAACCCAGCUCUUGUGCAUGCCCAGUCCAUUAUCGUGAUCAUGAUCGUUCAGGUCUUGAUCAUGGCCUUGGCCGAGGGUUACAGAAUAAACGGUGGGCCAGCCGGCGAGGGGCUCGACCCCCUUUAUCCUGGCGGCAACUUCGACCCCCUGGGCCUUGCUGACGACCCAGAUACCUUUGCCGAACUCAAGAUCAAGGAGAUCAAGAACGGACGGCUUGCCAUGUUCUCCAUGUUUGGCUACUACGUGCAGGCCAUCUGCACUGGCAAGGGACCUGUGGAGAACUGGGCGGACCACGUGGCCGACCCAUUCAACGUCAACGGGUUUAACAUUUCCGCAAAGUUUGACCCCUCAUCUUGA